UAGCUUUGUCCACAGAUCGAAGAGGAGAAAUGUUAUGUGUUUGACAAAUGGAAUUAUGUUUUUUUUUCUCCAAGCGAACGUUGGUAACGAUACCCACUUAUCUUGCAAAGUUACCACAAACUUUCUUGGUUUGCUAAUUUCAGUAGCACAUAAUAAACAAAUAAUCACAAAGUAACCGUGUCACGAAAAAGUCCAUUGUUUGAUUCCGUCCGUGUUCCAUUGCUUCACUGACUGCUUCCCAGAUGGGACACAACCGAAAAGAAACCAAACCUUUGCGGUUCUUUCUUGGAAAAGGGAAGGUGGAGCUUGGAGACUGACGAGACGGUGGGAGAAGGGGACGCGCGCUCCGCGACUGGACGAUAUUUGGCCAACUAACUGACAAUACAGAAGCUGGAGCAGAUUUGAGUUUCUCGCCCCGAAGUGGAGAGACACUCACUGAACACAUUUAACCUGUAAACAUAAAUUGUUUUCUAAAAGCGCAUAGUAUCACCUGUGGGCAGCAUUUGUGCAGUUACAUUUCGACGAUUUGGACGACCGCACUAGAAACGUCUUUUUGGAAUCGCUGGAAACAUCGCGAGCUAGUCAGCUAAUGUUAGCCAGCGAGUUAUAAACAAGUUACUUGGAUUAGUGAACGGGACCACCUUGACGUGUAGCUACACAACCAAGAGCUAGCAGGUUGCUCCGGGAGUACUGGAAAAUGCUUCUACGCAUACAAAGGUUUUCCAGUGCAGCUUAGGACACUGAAGCUGAACAAGACCCCACAGGCUCCCAAAAAAGGGCUUUGUUCACAGAAUUGCAGUGCUUUGUUUACUUUUUGGCACCUGCGGCACACAUUUCAAAAUGGAAGGAAGCACUGCUCUGUGGCUGAUGUGAGGUUGUUAUUGCUGGUUUGCUCAAGUUGGACUGUUGGUCUGCCAAGGACGACCACAUCUGGCCUUUGGUCUACCUGAGUCAGUCAUCUCACGCCGGACAGGUUGAUGUCACCGAUCUACAGCAUGACCCUGUAGUGCAAUACCUGAACACAUGCGACCGAGACUGGUGGAUCUCUGAUUAAGACACUAGGACCAUGGGCAAGGAGCAGGACCUCUUGCAGGCGGUCAAGAACGGAGAUCUGCCGUCUGCUCAGAAACUGCUGGCUAAGGUCAAGGCCAAUCGAAGCAAGUUACUGGGCUCAACGAAGAGACUGAAUGUCAACUAUCAAGAUUCAGAUGGGUUUUCAGCACUGCACCACGCCGCGCUCACGGGCACCACGGACCUCAUCUCUCUGCUGCUGGAGGCCCAGGCCACCGUGGACAUCAAGGACAGCAACGGAAUGCGCCCGCUGCACUACGCAGCCUGGCAGGGCAAAGCCGACUCGGUGCUGAUGCUGCUGCGCGCCGGGGCGUCCGUCAACGGCUGCUCACACGACGGACAGAUCCCCCUGCACCUGGCCGCGCAGUACGGGCACUACGAUGUGUCUGAAAUGCUGCUGCAGCACCAGUCGAACCCGUGCCUGAUCAACAAGGCCAAGAAGACGCCGCUGGACCUGGCCUGUGAAUUUGGGAGGCUGAAGGUUGCUCAGCUGCUGUUGAGCAGUAACAUGAUUGUGGCUCUGUUGGAGGGAGAGAGGAGGGACGGCUCGGACUCCAGCUUCAACACUCCGCUUCACCUCGCCGCUCGUAACGGUCACAAGGACAUCAUCAGGCUGCUUCUGAAAGCCGGCAUUGACAUCAACAGGGCCACCAAGGCUGGCACCGCCUUGCACGAGGCUGCCCUCUAUGGGAAAACAGAAGUAGUGCGGCUGCUGUUGGACGCUGGAAUUGACGUCAACAUCCGCAACACCUACAACCAGACAGCGCUGGACAUUGUCAACCAGUUCACCACGUCGCACGCCAGUAAAGACAUCAAGCAGCUCCUGAGAGAUGCUACAGGAGUCCUACAGGUGAGAGCUCUAAAGGACUACUGGAACUUGCAUGACCCCACAGCACUCAACAUCCGCGCGGGAGACAUUAUCAUGGUCCUGGAGCAGCACAUGGACGGGCGCUGGAAGGGGCACAUCCACGACACCCAGAAAGGCACUGACCGCGUGGGCUACUUCCCCCCCUCCAUCGUGGAAGUCCUCAGCCGACGGUCAGGGGGCACCCUCUCCCGGCACUCCUCUCUGCCCACCCAGCGUCAGCAGUUCCUGUCGCGAGCCCCCCCCAACUCCAGCUUGAGUAUCGUCCCGCAGACUGACGACUCCUACACCCUGUACGCGCCCCCCCCUCACCUCGCCUUCCCCCGCGCCAACGGCCUGGAGGACAACGCAGGUACGCCACCCGACAGCCCCAGCCUCUUCUCUGAGCCAGCUAGUCCCAGUGAGGACGUAUGGGUCCUCAGGAACUCUCUCCCUGCUGGGGACAGGAACAGCGUGGGCAGCACUGGCAGCGUGGGCAGCACCCGCAGCGCUGGCAGCGGGCAGAGCACGGAGAGCAACAGCACCCACAACGGCCCGCCGCAGCCGGGCGCGCCCCCGGACCCGAACAAGCCAGCGCCCCCUGUUGGCGAAGCGGUGCAGCAGUCGAGCACAGGCCCUGACCCCGGCAAACAGCCCGAUCAGCCUCAAGGGGCCCCCCGGCGCAGUCUGAUCCCCCUGCGGUCCGGAGAGCAGGGCUUCUCCCAGCACUUCAUCCGCCCCGAGCAGCUGCUGGAGGGCCGGGACGCCGAGGCCAUCUACCAGUGGCUGAGCGAGUUCCAGCUGGAGCAGUACACUGGGAACUUCCUGAGCGCCGGAUACGACGUGCCCACCAUCAGCAGGAUGACCCCUGAGGACCUCACCGCCAUCGGCGUCACCAAGCCCGGCCACCGCAAGAAGAUCUCCAUGGAGAUAGGGAACCUGACCAUCCCCGAGUGGUUGCCGGACUACAUCCCGUCGGACCUGGUGGAGUGGCUCAGCGCUAUCGGGCUGCCUCAGUAUCAUAAGAAGCUGUCGGAGAACGGCUACGACUCCAUCAGCAUCGUCAGGGACAUCACCUGGGAGGACCUGCAGGAGAUCGGCAUCAUAAAGCUGGGCCACCAGAAGAAGAUGAUGCUGGCGGUGAAGAGGCUGUGUGACAUACAGAAGGCCCGGAACCUGGCGGAGGGGCAGGGCACCCUGCGGCGGAAGCUCCCGGCCGCCCUGGAGCUGGUGGCCAUCGAGCCCCCGGAGAGCGGGGACUGCCCCUCGCCCCACACGCCCAAAAUGCUCACCUUCCAGGACAGCGAGCUGAGCGCCGAGCUGCAGACCGCCAUGUCCAACAACUACGGCGGCUGCCAGGAGGGGCUGGCCAUGAGGAGCGCGGCGGCGGCCGCCAUGUCGGCCAGCCAGGAGAGCAUCGGCACGCGCUCCCGCGGCUCGGGCCACUCCCAGGAGCCCCCGCUGGCCUCGGCCGCGCCCCACAGCCGCUCCCAGGAGAGCCUGGGCAGCGCCGACAGCGGCGGCAGGCCCGGCGGCAGCCCGGCCAAGGAGCGCAACAUUCCGGAGGGAUGGGACCAGCGGCAGGCCCAGCCCUCCAAGCUGGCGCUGCUGCAGCAGAGCCCGGCCAGCCUGACUCCGCCCCACACCCCCAGCAAGGCGGGCUUCUCCUACCCGGCCGUCCCCGCCAAGCCCAAAGCCAACGCCUCGCCCGUCCUGCCUUACCACGCCGCCCCCCAGGGCUCCCCGGCCCACAAGGCCUUCAGCUACCUGCACCCCCACUGCGGCAGCCCGCUGGCCAAGCCCCUCCCCUCCGCCCACGGCCUGCCAAUCAACGGCGAGGCGCUGCGGCCCAAGAAGCGCACGCAGAGCCUGACGCGCCACGCCCUGUCGGACGGCGAGCCGGACGAGGACGAGGCGCCGGCCGUGCCCUCGAGCUCCCUGGCGUCCUACGCCACCCUCACCCGGCGGCCCGGCCGCAGCCAGCUGGCCCGCCCGCAGACCGCCGGCGAGCGCAGCGUGGGCCGCAGCCAGUCCUUCGCCAUCCGCGCCCGCCGGAAAGGCCCGCCCCCGCCGCCGCCCAAGCGCCUCAGCUCCGUCAGCGGCGGCGGGGGGGCGGAGCCGCCCGAGCCUGAGCCGCCGUGCGAGGGAGGGGUGGAGACGGAGAGCGUGGGCAGCGUGAGGAGCAUCACCGCCAUGCUGGAGACCGGCGGGGGGGUCGGCCCCGGCCCCGGCCCCGGCCCCGGCCCCGGGUCCCAGCGCGAGCCCUCCUCCCCGGUGCCCCCGCCCAAACCGGCGCUGCCGGCCCCCCGCGACCCCGCCGCGGGCCGCAGGAGGACGCUGAGCGAGCCGGGCGCCUGCCAGACGGACCAGCCCGACGGGGACGGGGGGGUGAAGUCGGACACGGAGGAGGAGGGCCGGGCCGGGCCGGGGCUGGACGGCUCCUCCUCGCCCCAGAACAGCUCCAGCGAGUGCAUCCCCUUCGCCGAGGAGGGCAACCUCACCAUCAAGCAGCGGCCCAAGGCCGGCGGGCCGCUCAGACCCGAGCCCGCGCCCGCGCCCCGGACCCCGGAGCUGCCUGAGUUCAACCUGAAGGAGUCGGACACGGUCAAGCGCCGGCACAAGCCCAAGGAGUCGGCCUCGCCCACUGAGGAGGGGGGCGCCGAGCCCCCGCCCCCGGCCCCGCCCGCCCAGGAGGGGAGCGGCCGGGACUUCCAGAGCGACGAGGACGUGGGCCUGCGCAUCGCUGAGAUGGAGAGGAGCCUGCAGUGCCUGGAGAAGGGCGGCUCGCCCGCAAAGCCCCAAAAACCCCCCGUCUCCCCGAAGCCCGCCAGCCCCCAGAAACCCGCCACUGCCGCCAGACCGCUCCUGUACCCCUCUGCUCCUGCUGCAGCAGGGGGAGCUAGUGUGAAUGUCACCGUGAUGCAGAGCGUGGCCUUCACUGCCCCCUCCCUGGGCUGCCCGCUGUCCCCAGCAGCGCCUGCUCUCUGCCAGGCAGCCAGGCCAGGAAAGGCCCAGGCCUGUGUGCCAGGCCCAGAGCCAGGCCCAGGGUGCGUGCUGGUUCAUAAGCGGCUGGAGCAGACCAGCACCUCCCUGGAGGCGGCGCUGAAGGCAGUGGAGAGGAAACUCAUCUUGGAGGACACCACCGAUGGCGGCACCAACACGGUGAAAUCUGCGGGGAACAUUCUGGACGAUAUCGGUAACAUGUUCGAUGACCUAGCUGACCAGCUGGAUGCCAUGCUGGACUGAUCCCCCUCCCCCAGGCCCCGCCCAGGCCUUGCCCAGGCCCCGCCCACGCAUGGCUAAGCCUCAGCCGUCCUCCAGCAGACCUGCCUCUGCAGCCUUAGCUAAAGGCCUGGCCACCUGACUCCCUCAAUCCCCUUCACCUCAAUGACCCAACCCCCUACCCCCCUCCUCGCCUGCACCUGCACCACCCACCACGGGGACACUGGCAGGAUCAGGAGCCUCCCUCCUUCAACACGAGCACUUAAGACUGCUGUACCUGGCGGGUCGGAGCCGUCGCUGGCGUGAAUACAGGGAUUUUGGCGCUGUGUAGCCCUCUGUGCCUGAGCACAGGCUGCAGCUGAACCAGCCCACACUGAAGCCUUUGCGUUCUUCCACAGUGCAUUUCCACUGGCUGCUCGUCUUAUCAUAAACUCCUACCGUGCGUAUGAACUCGUGCCGAGCUCAUUAAUGAAGACUCGAAUGAAAUGAAAUCAGUGACUCGCCUCAGAAACGAAGGGUUCGUAUUUCCUGUUUCGAUGUGCUACGCCAAAACCACGCAGGAAGAGAAGCGGGUUGUUCCGUGAGCGUUAGGAAGCACCAUUCCCAAAAGGAACAAUAUUUGUGACACACCUAAGCUGUAUAGUUUUACAGCUUUAACGGUUUCUGCCCGUUUCACCUAAUGCUGACUUGUUUUGUGACGGUGGUAUACUUGCCGUCUUUUACCGGGCGAGUAACCCUGCUCACGCAUUCUCCAUGGAGACGAGCUCACGGAGCGAGGUGUGCUUUUGUCCAAGUAGCAGGGAGCAGAGACAGUGUGCGACUGAGAGAGAUGGAGGACUGAGCUUUUGAUAUGUAAACAUGUACAUUUGCAUAGUGGUUUUACUCUAACAAAGGGAAGCAUCCGUCUGCUUUUAAAAGCAUAUUUAAAUGAAUAACUAUAUUAAGCGUAACUAAGAUUUUAA